AUGCUUCCGCGACAAGCUGCAUCGCUGUCGCGCGUCUCCAACAUCUCCUCCAGAGCCUCGCCGCUGUGCAGACGAGUACCCCAAGCUACACUCUCGCUGAACCGCUCCUUCUUCACAAGCAAUGGCAACCCCGAGGCGAAAACAAGACGCGCCCAGCUGCUGGGUUCGGGUGCGCUCAAGAGCUCGCGCCUGAGCAAAGACAACGCCUCCCUCGUCCGCUCGCUCUCGUCCAAGCCGCUCCCCUCGCCAAACUCCCGAUUCGCACGUUACGCAUGGCGAACAGCAGCAUGGCUGGGCACGUUUGUGGCGGUUAGUGGCACCCUCGUUGUCGCCUUCUUCAUCUACGAUGCCACCACGUACAAAGAAGAGCCGGAUGCGGUCGACAUCCCCGUCUCAGAGCUGGCCUUGAACCCGCGAAGGGGUGGUCCAAAGAACCUGCCCAUCGCCGAUCACUUUGUUGACGAUGACGAUUGUCCGGAGAACAAGGCCGUCAAGCACAAGCCCAAGCUGGUUAUCCUGGGCACAGGCUGGGGUAGCGUUGCGCUGCUGAAGACAUUGAACCCCGAUGAAUACCACGUCACUGUCGUCUCGCCCUCAAACACGUUCCUCUUCACACCCAUGCUGCCGUCCGCGACUGUCGGCACUCUCGAACUACGGUCUUUGGUUGAGCCGGUCAGGCGCAUCGUCAGGAGGGUCCAUGGACACUUCCUCAAGGCGAAGGCUGAGGAUAUCCACUUCUCUGAGAAGCUCAUCGAGUGUUCGUCUGUCGGCGCCGAUGGCAAGGAGAGCCGUUUCUACGUUCCCUACGACAAGCUGGUCGUUGGUGUUGGCUCCGUCACGAACCCCCACGGCGUGAAGGGUCUUGAGAACUGCCACUUCCUCAAGGAUAUCAGCGAUGCACGAUUGAUCCGCAACGCUGUCGUCCGAAACCUGGAGACCGCAUGUCUGCCCACAACGAGCGAUGAGGAGCGCAGGCGGCUGUUGUCAUUUGUUGUUUGCGGAGGUGGACCCACUGGUGUUGAGUUUGCGGCUGAGCUGUUCGACAUGCUUAACGAGGACCUUUCCAAGCAGUACCCGCGCAUCCUGCGCAACGAGAUCUCCGUUCACGUCAUUCAGUCCCGAAGCCACAUCCUCAACACGUACGACGAGGCUCUGUCGCAGUACGCUGAAACUCGCUUUGCGCACGAUGCAGUCGACAUCCAGACAAACGCUCGCGUGAAGGAGGUUCUACCCGACAGGAUCUUGUACUCGCAGAAGGGCGAAGGCGACGAUGCGAAGAUUGUCACCAAGGAGAUCCCCAUGGGUUUCUGCCUCUGGUCGACCGGUGUAUCGCAGACCGACUUCUGCAAAACCCUUGCCCAGAAGCUCGACGGCCAAAACAACAAGCACGCCCUCGAGACUGACACCCAUCUCCGCCUGAACGGCUCGCCUCUCGGCGACGUCUACGCCAUCGGCGACUGCGCAACAGUCCAAAACAACGUCUCAGACCACAUCGUCAACUUCCUCCGCACCACCGCCUGGGAGAAAGGCAAGGACCCCGAGAAACUCCAAAUCUCGUACGCCGACUGGCGCGGCGUCGCCAAGCGCGUCAAGCAGCGCUUCCCCCAAGCCGCAAACCACCUGCGCCGCCUAGAUAAGCUCUUCGAGCAGUACGACAAGGACAAGUCUGGCACCCUCGACUUCGGCGAGCUUAGAGAGCUGCUGUUCCAGAUCGACUCAAAGCUCACGUCGCUCCCUGCUACGGCGCAGCGCGCCCACCAGCAGGGUCAGUACCUGGGCCGCAAGUUCAACAAGAUCGCCCAGGCGGCUCCGGGCAUGGCGCUGAAUGAUAUGGACUACGGCGACAUCGACGAUGCUGUGUACAAGGCGUUUGAGUACAAGCACCUUGGUAGCUUAGCGUACAUCGGCAACGCAGCAAUCUUCGACUGGAACGGCUAUGGAUUGAGCGGUGGACUUUUGGCUGUUUACCUCUGGAGGAGUGUGUACUUUGCGCAGUCUGUCAGUCUUAGGACAAGGGUUCUUCUUGCGAUGGACUGGACGAAGAGAGCGCUUUUUGGACGUGAUAUGAUGAACUUCUAG